UUUUAAUUACCGGUUGGCGUGCGUUUGUGUUUUCUUUCCCAUCAUGUCGAGCCAGGAAGAAUCGGAAUUUAUCAAACUUGGUACAGGCGUUUAUCCUCGGAAAUCUAAUAUUAAAGCGGACAUUCAUGACAAACUCAGUCCCAACACUAUUCUUGUCUGCGGAUGGAUGGGGGCACAGCUACGGCACAUCCACAAGUAUACCAAAGUUUACGAGCAAUUAUAUCCCGGGGCGAGUCAGAUAUUGAUUCAGAAUCGGCCGUCCUUCUUUUGGAGUACGGAAAACAGCAGAAGGAAAGCGAUAGCUCCUGCUGUGGAAGCAUUGGAAGCUCUCGGAAUGAUACCCCCACAAAGUCCAUCUUUGAUGAUGAAUCCCUCCUCAGCUGAGCCGCCACGCAUAUUAGUUCACUCUUUCUCCAAUGGUGGCGCUUAUUCGUUGAUCACUCUGGGGAAGGUCAUGGCAUCCCGUGGCUCGAUUCCCUCCCUCGAGUCAUUUCGGCCCCCUUGCGCCAUCGUUCUAGACUCUAGUCCGGGGGGUAGCGGUCUAAGCAACGCCAUUCAUGCCUUCACGACACUCAUCAAGAAUCCUAUCAUGCGAACUGCCGCGAAAGUUCUAGUUUGUUUGCUCUACGUAUACGGCUUCUUCGUGGGCCCGUUCAUCGGGAGGCGAACAGCUCUUCAGAAGGUCCGGGAUGGACUGUAUAACCCCCGUGUGCUUCCUUGGGUAGAUGAGCGUACGCCGCGCCUAUACGUGUAUUCAAAGGCUGACGAUAUGGUGCCGUGGGAUCAGAUCCAACAACAUGCAGAAAAAACGAAGAGUCUAGGAUGGGAUGUUAGAACGGUAGUAUUUGAGGACAGCCCUCACGUUGCCCAUGCUAGAACUCACCCAGAGCGAUACUGGGACGCGGUGAAAAGCCUAUGGAACGAUGCGUUGGUCGUUGCUCAUGCGAAGGCAGAAUUAAACUAG